AUGGAAGGCGAUGGAGAGAAGUACGAGAAUGGUGAAGGGGAGAGGGAUGAGCAGGGGGAGGGGGAGGAGGCAAGAAAAGGAAUGGAAGGGGAGGGGAGGAGGGAGGAGGAGGAGGAUUCAUGGGAGAAGGACUGGAGUUCAAGGGAAGGAGUGACACAGGAGCAUGAUCUGGCAGAGGAGAACGAAGAGCAGAUGAAGACUGGUAACGCACAACAGCAGCAGCUGCAGCAGCACCAGCAGCGACAGCAGGAGGAGGAGGAGAAGGAGGAAGAAGCAUUCGCUCAGGACUAUGAUUCAAAACCUAUUCCAGAGCCAAGCCCGCGAAAGAGGAAGCGCGGCCGGCCCCCCAAGGCCUCUCGAGACAACCCAUCUGCAACCACCGCUACAGCUACCGCUUCAGCUGCUACAGCCGCUGCUGCUACAGCUGCUGAACCCAACAGCACCCGCCGCUACUCAGAUCCAUUCGCCUCUGACCCGUUCUCCUCAGACCCCGACGCCCCAGAAGUGACCGAUCCGUUCGCGCCCUCCCCCUCCUCCUCCGCCUUCCCCCCUGCUCCGCCCGCUCCCCCCCCGGGCCCUGACUGCGGGUACGCGGCAGUGACGCUGGCGAAUCUGGGGGGGGUGUUUCUGAAGAGAAGGCAGCUGGAGGGGCUGCUGGCGGAUGAGGCGUUUGACCGCAAGGUGGUGGGCACUUUUGUGCGGAUUCGCGUGCCGGGGCCGGCCAAUCAGACUGAGGCGUGUUACCGCCUCGUGCGGGUCACAGGCUGCACGAGCCAGACGGAGAUGUACCCGGUGGGCAAGGGGCUCACCAACAGGGUGUUGCUCAUCAUGAACCUCAAGACGCCAGAGGCCACCACCAUUGACCUGGUCUCCAACUCCGACUUCACUGAGGAGGAGUGUCAGAAGCUGCGGCAGUACAUGAAGUGGGGCCUGGUGGAUCGACUCACUGUGGACGAGGUGGCGGCCAAGGAGAGCGAGCUGCAUGAGCUCAAAGUGAACGAU